AACGUUUCAGUGUUUCUAGACAACAACAGAAACGCAGAGGAAGAACGCUAUCACGUGACCCCGCGCCUGAAAUCACGCUGAAGCGCAGUUAAAUUUGUUCUCUUUUAACGAGCAACCGUGAGGAAUUGGCAAAAUGCGACGGCUGGGCUCCGUUCAGCAGAAGAUACCGUGCGUGUUUCUGACGGAGGUGAAAGAGGAGAAGUCCAGGAAACGAGAGUUUCAGCAAUUUCAGGUUGUUGCCACUGAAAACCUGAACCCUGUCGCUCUGGAGGCUGAUGUUUACAGUGCAUUCGCCACAGAAAAACUGGACGGCACCUGCUGCUAUGUUACUGAUUAUAAAGGGCAUCCUUACCUGUGGGCUCGACUGGACAGGAAACCCAACAAACAGGCAGAGAAAAGGUUCAAAAAGUACCAGCAUGCUCACCGAAGCUCUAAAGGUUUCACGUGGAACGUAGAGGAUGAUUUUAAGAUGGUACCAGAGACGUGGAUCCCUGCUCACAGAGUAAAACAUCACAACAGUCAUCCAGUACCUGACGAACACGGACAUAUUCCAGGCUGGGUUCCAGUGGAGAAGGACAACAAGCAAUACUGCUGGCACUCGUCUGUAGUGGAUUAUGAAUCUGGGUCGGCUCUCGUUCUCAGACCCAAAGAUGAUGACGCUUUUCUAGAACUUGCCGCAGUUCCACUGGUCAAGCUCAGGGAACAAACACUGGAGCUCAUUGGAACCAACAUCAAUGGAAAUCCAUACGGUUUGGGGAGUAAGAAGCAGCCGAUUCACUGCCUUGUGUCACAUGGAAGCAUCAGAAUCAGAGAUCCUCCUCCAGUGGACUUCCAGCAGCUGUGGGCCUGGUUCCAGGAGAAUCCAGAGGGCCGAGUCGAGGGCAUCGUCUGGCACUGUGCUGAUGGCUCCCUGGUUAAGGUUCAUCGUCAUCACCUGGGACUGACGUGGCCAGAAAAAGAAACCCUGUUUGGUGGGAGGCCGGUGGUCAUACGUGUCGACGAGACGUCAGAGGAGUUUAACCUCAGCAAGGACUUGUUCACGUCCUUCUCCAGAAUAAACGGACAGCGCUUCAGUCGGAUUCGGGACGUCCAGUUCAACCCUGAAAGGAUUGUACACUUUGACCAUCCAGACGUUUCACCAGAAGUUGCAUGAGUGAUUUGAAGUUCACUCUAAAGCACCUUUUCCUGAGAUGGAGAACUGCAGCUGUUCUGUAACAGACUGAAGCUUUAUGCUACGUUCUUUGAGAGAGGAGGUCAAACAGAACAGUGGGUUUAAUGUGGAGAGUUGAGGCGUAUUCACAUUAUAGCAGAACAUCAGGCUGAAUACUGCUCAGUGGCAGCAGCAUCUGCCUGAAGCUCGAAGGACAUUUCUCAGGACGUUUAUUAGUUCUGACACACUGUGUAGUUACUUGACUGGAGACUCAAUGGACACGCCUCCAACAUGGUGGACCUGCAAGCAGAAGCUGUUUUUCUGCCAUAAUGUGAAUAAGAAAAAUGACCAACUGCAUAUUUUCAGCCUGAACAGUUGAUUUCUGCAUUGUAAAUACUGUAUUACAGCUAUUUAAUGAAUAAAUGAAUAAACGGGUAAACUUGA